AUGAUUGAACUUUGCGAAAAUCAGCAUGAUAAUCUUCCCAACGCUUCCAAUGACAAUAAAAUGUCCGAUGAGAAGCUUAAACGCGAACUUAAGAGUCGACAUAUAACCAUGAUUGCUAUUGGUGGUAUAAUUGGUCCUGGUCUACUUGUUGGCUCCGGUACUGCACUGGCUUAUGCUGGCCCUGCCGGCGCUCUGAUUGCAUUUGCUGCCACAGGAAUUAUUGUUUUUUUCGUCAUGCAAUCAGUUGGUGAAAUCUCUACUGCGAUUCCUGUGAGUGGUGCCUUCACAGACUUUGCUGGACGAUUCUGUGAUCCUGCUCUCUCUUUCGCUCUCGGUUGGAUAUAUUGGUAUAUGUGGAUAUCAGUUCUCGCUAACGAAUAUAAUGCCAUAUCGAUCGUCAUUAUGUAUUGGACUCAAGUUAUACCUCAAUGGGCAUGGAUAAUCGUUUGGUGGUUUACCUUUCUUAUACUAUCGCUUGUUGGUGUUCUCGUUUACGGUGAAAUCGAAUUUUGGCUCAGUCUAAUUAAGAUUGUAGCUAUUCUCGCCUACUUUAUUCUCGCCAUUCUGAUCGAUACCGGCGUCGUUGGAGGUACCUAUAUUGGUACACGAUAUUGGCAAAAUCCAGGUCCAUUUGCAGAUGGAAUCAACGGUAUUGCCAAAGUAUUUGUCAUUGCAGGUACACUUUAUGCCGGUGUAGAAAUGGUAGGAGUCACUGCUGGUGAAUGUCAAAAUCCUCGAACUGCCGUUCCACGAGCGAUUAAACAAGUGUUUUGGCGCAUUGUUAUUUUCUAUCUUGGAAUGAUACUAUUCAUUGGUUUGCUAAUUCCGUACAAUUCAUCUCGUCUUCUUUCGGCUACUUCUAAGACAGCUGCAUCGCCUCUAACCAUCUCUUUACAAGAGGCAGGCAUCCAUGUAGCUGCUCACAUCAUCAAUGGACUUAUUGUUCUCUCGGUUGUAUCUGCUGGUAUAUCGUCGAUCUACGUCACGUCACGAACUAUUUGUUAUCUAGGCAAGACAGGUAGAGCACCAAAGUUUCUUGGCAUCACAAACAAAUAUGGUGUACCUUGGCCGGCGAUUCUCUUCUGUAAUUUGUUCGCAUCUAUCUGCUUUAUCAAUCAAGCACCAGGCGGAGCAGGUACUGCAUAUACGUAUUUAAUUAAUCUUUCUGGAGUUGCUACGUUCAUCGUUUGGGCUGUCAUAACUCUUACACAUAUUCAGUUUCGUCGUGGAUUAGCAGCACAAGGUGUAAGUGCUGAUGAAUUACCAUUUCGAGCGAUAUGGUAUCCAUAUGGUGCCUACUUUGGGCUCGGGGCCAACAUAUUCCUCAUUUUCUUUCAAGGAUACACUAGUUUCUUUCGGCCAUUCGAUAUCGUGUCGUUCGCUGUUUCCUACAUUCUCAUUCCUGUAUUUCUACUUCUUUUCUUCGGAUACAAAUUUUUGAGGAAAACUCGAUGGAUUAAAGCGUCUCAAAUGGACAUCUGGUCAAAUAGACGCGUGUUCGUCAAGGAAGAUAUUCAAGCAAAUAAUCAGACUAUAUGGUCACAUAUUAAAAACUUGAUUAUUUAA